AUGCCCCCCCAGCUCAGUGAAUUUACCAUCAAUGAGAUCAUACACCUUUUAAAUGAUGAUUAUAUACCUGCUCAAUCUAGCAGCUGGUCCAACCUUCUAGGGACCAGCGGAUCAUUCUGUUAUAAUCUGACCCCUACGUUCUACACCCUCAAUAUCUAA